CUGCCCUUCACUGACACCAUCCAAAAUGGCAGCGAGCAUUGGGAGCCUGUUCAGGACGUCUGCAAAGGUUGCAGCAGCAGGGCUGAAAGCUGCAGCAGCCUCUCAACAUGGAGCCUUCGGUGCUGCAAGGAUCCUCAGCGCUCCUGCACUGCAGACAGCCUGCUUCUCAACCAGCUCUUCCAGAUGGGCUGCUGCUGUCACUCAGCCCGCUCCUGCUUUUAAGGGCACGGCAGUCCACAACGGGGAGUUCAAGGAGAUGAGCCUCGCUGAUUUCAAGGGCAAAUACCUGGUCCUCUUCUUCUACCCGCUGGAUUUCACCUUCGUAUGCCCAACAGAGAUCAUCUCCUUCAGCGACAAGGCCAACGAGUUCCACGACGUCAACUGCGAGGUGGUCGGUGUGUCCAUAGACUCUCACUUUACCCACUUGGCGUGGAUCAACACUCCACGCAAGACUGGAGGUUUGGGCAACAUCCACAUCCCCCUGCUCUCUGACCUCAACAAACAGAUAUCAAGAGACUACGGGGUGCUGCUGGAGAAUCCAGGCAUCGCACUAAGGGGUUUGUUCAUCAUUGAUCCAAGUGGUGUGGUGAAGCACAUGAGUGUCAACGACCUGCCGGUGGGUCGUUGUGUAGAGGAAACCCUUCGUCUCGUGAAGGCAUUCCAGUUUGUGGAGACCCACGGCGAGGUGUGUCCGGCCAGCUGGACCCCCAAAUCCCCAACGAUUAAACCGACACCAGAAGGAUCCAAGGAGUACUUUGAAAAAGUCAACUGAGAAAGAUAAAGUCGUUAACACUUAUGUUAGUAGUAAAUGGGUCAUGUGUGU